AUGUAUCAUCCAUCAAUAUGGCAUCCCAUUGAUAUGGCUGCUGCAUUUCGUUCACUUCGCCAGCCAACUUCGUCGCCCAACAUCAGUCCAGAAAAAAGUCCUGUUUCAGGUUUCAAUGCUGCCUUCUCCGUCAAUACACUCCUCAAUCAAUCAUCCGCAGGUACAACAUCAACAACAGCAACAAAUGCGGCUACAUAUCCACACAAUCUAUUUUCAAGUUUGUUUCAACAUUAUCCUUACGCAGCAGCAUUUCGUCCAUUAUUUAAUAAUGGUACGAACAAUACUGUAUCGGAAUCCUCGGCUUUUUUGCCCAGCGGAAAGCGGUUUAAAAGUAAUUCUCACGAUGAAAAUCAUUGUGAAACAACGUCAAGUGGCGAUGAAAGUUUCGGCAGAUCAACAGACAAUCGGUGUCGAUCGUCAACAAUUGAUCUGCAAAAUCCGCAAUGCCCGAUUUGUCAAGUAUCAUUAAAUGGACAAGAUAUGCUCACACAUGUUCAACAUGAACUCGAAUCUAUCGAACGGCGACAACAACAAAGAGAAAAACGCGGAAAUAAGAUUCUUCAAGACAACAACAGCAAUAGUAUUGACCAAACUUUCAAAACACGUUAUGAGACGUUUUUACGAGUACGAACCAGUCGCCAACAACGACUAAAUGCUAAACUACAACUCCAUAAUCGUCGUUUAAUUCGUACAGAUUCUCGAAGUUGUCCAAUAUGUUAUCAACCAAUUCCAAUCACUUCUGACGAUGAAUAUUUCUUUGCUCACGUUCAACAAUGUUCGAGAAAGAGAGAACAAUUAGCAGCUGUAACAGCAAUAGCCAAUCAUCAUCGUUUGUCGUCAUCACCACCACCACCAACGAUCGAUGAUCCUGAUGUGAAUGUUGUUGAUCUCGAUGAUGGCAUCGAAAAGAGUACGAGUGGUACGACAACAAGUCUUAGUUGUCAAGAAUCGUUCAACAGUGAUCAAAGAUAUUCUCCAUCAGCUCAAACAGAUAUUUCCUAUACGAAGUCACCAACUGUUGCAGAAAUCGAUCCACCCAAAUGUGUCGUUUGCAUGUAG